UGACAUCCGUAUUUGCCCACACGUGGGAUAUCUGGCGGGAAAUUACUGGCGCCGGUAAAGUGAACGAAACAAAAAACACAAAAUGGAUCCAGCUGCCGAUAUUGAUCAAAGGCAAAGGGAGAUUCAGAGAGAGUAUUUAGAUUUUCUAGACGAUGGGGAUGACCAAGGGAUACAUUUGCAGAAAGUUCGGGAUAUGAUAGCAAACAGUGAGGUGCGGCUUAUAGUCAACAUCAAUGAUCUGAGGCGAAAAAAUGCUGCAAGAGCCACUGCACUGUUGAAUGAGGCAUUCCAGGAAUUGAUAGCACUUCAGCGAGCUUUGAAAGAGUUUGUGGCCUCGGCUGAUCCUAUCUACAGUAAACAGCACGAGGAAUUCUUUGUCGGAUUUGUUGGAAGUUUUGGAGGGAAACAUGUUUCACCAAGGACACUUACAUCAAGGUUUCUGGGCAAUCUUGUCUGUGUUGAAGGAAUCGUUACAAAAUGUUCUCUUAUCAGACCGAAGGUUGUUCGAAGUGUGCAUUAUUGUCCCACUACAAAGAAGACUAUGGAGAGAAGAUACACAGACAUGACAUCUCUCGAGGCAUUCCCAUCAAGUUCUGCAUAUCCAACAAAGGAUGAAGAUGGAAACUUGUUGGAAACAGAGUACGGGCUGUCUGUAUAUAAAGAUCACCAAACAUUCAGUAUACAGGAAAUGCCGGAAAAGGCCCCUGCUGGACAGUUGCCAAGAAGUGUAGACAUUAUCGCUGAUAAUGACCUGGUCGACAUGUGUAAGCCUGGUGAUAGAAUACAAUGCAUUGGAACAUUCAGAUGUCUGCCUGGAAAGAAAAAUGGCUAUACCUCUGGAACAUUCAGAACAAUCCUAUUAGCAAACAACAUACAGCUCAUGAGUAAAGAAGUGUCCCCAACAUUUUCUGCUGAAGAUGUGGCAAAAAUUAAGAAAUUCAGUCGGCAGAAAAGUGUAAACGUGUUUGAUGUGCUGGGUAAAUCACUAGCACCUUCAAUUCAUGGACAUGAGUAUAUCAAGAAGGCAGUAUUGUGUAUGUUACUUGGAGGAACAGAGAAAGUGUUGGCUAAUGGUUCAAGACUUAGGGGAGAUAUCAAUGUUCUGUUGAUUGGAGAUCCGUCAGUGGCGAAGUCACAGAUGUUGAGAUACGUGUUGCACACAGCACCAAGGGCUGUCACUACAACAGGUAGAGGAUCAUCGGGUGUUGGUCUGACUGCAGCAGUCACAACUGAUCAAGAAACGGGAGAGAGAAGGCUUGAAGCUGGUGCUAUGGUGCUUGCUGACAGGGGUGUUGUUUGUAUUGAUGAAUUUGACAAAAUGUCCGACAUGGACCGUACAGCUAUACACGAGGUCAUGGAACAGGGCAGAGUAACCAUUGCCAAGGCUGGAAUACAUGCCAAAUUGAAUGCUAGAUGUAGUGUGCUGGCAGCAGCUAACCCAGUCUAUGGAAGGUAUGAUCAAUUCAAGACCCCUAUGGAGAACAUUGGCUUGCAGGAUUCACUGCUGUCACGUUUUGAUCUCAUCUUCAUAGUUCUUGACAAGAUGGACCCAGAGUUAGACAGAAACAUUUCUGACCAUGUGUUGAGAAUGCACAGAUACAGAAGUGCUACAGAACAGGAUGGUGAUGUACUACCAUUUGGCACUGGAGUAGAUAUGCUGGCAACUACAGAUCCUGACUUGGAGGAUACUGACGAGACAGAGACACCAAUUUAUGAGAAACAUGACAAACUAUUACAUGGAGUUGCCAAAUCUAAACAACAGAAAAUUGUGAGCAUGCAGUUUAUGAGGAAGUAUAUCCAUGUAGCAAAGGCACUGAAACCGGGUUUAACACAGCCUGCUGCCGAGUUACUGGCGGAGGAAUACUCCAAGUUACGUAGCCAUGACAGCAUGACGCAGGAUAAUGUUGCUAGGACUGCCCCUGUGACAGCUAGAACUCUGGAAACGAUGAUUCGUCUGUCGACAGCUCAUGCUAAGGCUCGUCUCUCCAAGACGGUGGAUCUAGAAGAUGCCGAAGCAGCUGUAGAACUCAUUGAAUUUGCAUACUUCAAAAAGGUAGAGAAGAAGCAGCGUAAGCGACAUCGAAGCGACGGUGAGGAUGAGGGAGAGAGCAGUCAGGAUGAACAGGAGACCGAUAGUCAAACAGACAAACCAGCAAAGAAAAAACAGCGAGCUGCUCGUGAGAAGCGUCCAGCACGUGAAGAAGGAUAUGAUCCCUAUGAUUUUGAGGAAGAUGAGGCUUCUGCAGAUGAAAGUCAGCCAGACAGACCAAGGAGGAAACCACGUGGCAAGAGUCAGGAAUCCGAGGCCAUGGAUACAGGGAAAUCUGGAGAUAAACAGAUAGAUGAAAAAAAAUUGAAGACAUUCAGAGCUAAAUUGUUUGACCUGUUCAAAGCAGAGCAUGCACAGUCUGUAGCCUUAGACAAGGUGAAAGGUCAUAUGGGUGCAGACUUUUCAGAGGACGAGGUGUUUGGGGCUAUAGAAAAAAUGAUGGAUGCUAAUCAAGUGAUGUUAGCAGAUGAUGUUGUUUUCUUGAUCUGAAGUCUCUUGUUGGUCCUUGUAACAUCUUACUGAACAAGCUGAACAGGAAAGUCGGUGUCAUCGUCUUGAACAAACUGAUACUGUGCAAUGUAGAAGUUACAUGUAGAUAAAAACUGUAGCUUUAGAUCAAUUCUACCAAAUGUGUUCAUCAAAUUAUUGACAUGCAGUAUCACAAAUGAAUGAUAUUUUUCUGCAUGUUUAUUGGUGACUUCAUAAAAUGUAUCAAGUUUACAAGAUGAUAGACUGAAACUCACUUUCUAAGUGUGAAUAGGCGACUUCAUAAAAUGUAUGGAAUUUACGUUAUUUCUAGACAACAUAACUUGUAGGUUUACAGAAAAUUUAUAGUUUUCUUCGCUAUGUAAUGAAGUGCUAUACUGGAAACUUAUGUUAUUUAACAUGAUUGUUUCUGGAAGACAAGUCUAAGAUGUAAAGUGUCCUUUACUAGUAGUAACUAUUAGAAUAGAACUAUAUGGUUAUUCAACACCUGCUGUAUACCUCAAUGAAGUAUUCCCAAGAGAAUUUGCAUGGUUUGACACCGGUUUAACCUGUUAGAGGACAACAGGUUUUAGCAGCUAGGGCUUGUCCAGAUUUAACAAGAAGCAUGCUAUUUCAAGCAAUAGACUACAUCAGAUUUAAUGCAAAGACUGAAAGACUACUACACUUAUUUUGCUAUAAUGUUUGUUGUAUGACAGAUAAGUUCUAUUUAUAUCAUUGAUAAUUGCAUUUACAAGUACUUUAAAUCAUACCUGUGUGCAACUGACAGUUCUCUUGUUGUUUCACUAUGUAAAUACCAAUAUGAUAUACAAAACAAAUUGGUACCCCAAAACAGUUACUGAUACCGGAACUCGAAAAGCAGUUUAUCAUGGUUUCAAUUAGUUUUAGUAAAUGGACGUUUAAUUAUCUUAUUUUAUAGAAAUACAUGGCCAAUUCUUGUAGUGUAUAUUGGAGUGUCGUUUGAAAUUUGUUAUCCAGCUGAAAAGAGUUGUCUGGAAAUUUUCAACUGCAUUGCUCAUUUUUAGAUACGUUUAAACACAACACCUUUAUGUAGAAGCAAAUUUAUAACUAUGUCAGUGAAAAGCAAAAACAAUGUCCAUUGGAAUUAGAGAUGGCCUGGUUCCAAAUGUACUAAAGAUGCAUAUGUAUAUUUAUUUAUUGUUUAGGCAAUGUCAUCUGUUUAAUAUAACCUGGAUUUUGUUUGGAUAUGUUUCAGUGUAAAAUUUUGGACAGUGUAAUUCCACACUGUAAAAUAUUCCUUCUACAGAUAAUAUUUAUGUAUCGAUUUGCAUUUAAAACUGUGAUAAAAUUCGAUGAAGAAUAAAAAAAAUUUUUUACUUAGAUCUGCCAGUUGUAAAAAAAAAAAUGAAAUAAAAUACCUCCUCAAAUAGA